UACGCGCAAACAACAACAGAGCACCGAGGGAGAGAGAAGACUGAGAGGGCGAAGACUUCCAUGAUUGACGCCCUCUCCGUCCCCACACCCGCCUGAGCUCCCCCGAAUCAGCCCCUCCAUCCGUCAUCUCAUGUUUUUCUCGCUUUCACCCUUCGGAUUUUCAUGCGACGAUUGAAUGCCCGAACUCGGGUCAGUUCGAAAUCUAAGAUGGAUCCGAAUCCGAUUAAGCUUCAUCUUCGUCCCAGUGGUCGCUCAGGUCUCUUUUCGCGCAAUCCCAAGAGUAUUUCCAGGUCCCACUGUUUUGUUUUCGCUUCGAUUCCGAUCGCCCUUGCUUUUUUCAUCUGCUACGCAAUCUUCUCUGGCAUCAGUUCGCCCAAUUCCGUGAUAACAAAAUUUGCGAUCGUUAUUGAUGGAGGGAGCACUGGGACCAGAAUUCACGUGUUCAAGUACAGAUUGGAAGGCGGAAAUCCGGUUUUUGAUUUUGGGAAGGAUGGUUUGGCUUCGAUGAGAGUGAGCCCGGGUCUUUCUUCAUUUGCGGGGGAGCCAGAUGGGGCUGGACACUCGCUUUUCGAGCUUCUGGAUUUUGGAAAGAGUAAAAUUCCGAAGGAAUCUUGGAGGGAUACGGAAAUUCGACUAAUGGCAACGGCUGGGUUGAGGAUACUGGAAGUAAAUGUGCAGCAGCGGAUCCUGGAAUCAUGUAGGAGAUUGCUCCGUUCGUCUGGGUUUAAAUUUAGGGACGAGUGGGCUUCUGUCAUUACAGGUUCUGAUGAAGGAGUGUAUGCUUGGGUUGUUGCAAAUCAUGCACUUGGCACACUUGGAGGUGAUCCUUUGCAUACAACAGGAAUUAUUGAACUUGGUGGGGCUUCUGCUCAGGUUACAUUUGUAUCAACCGAGUCAUUUCCAUCCGGGUUUUUACGUGCUGUUAAACUUGGGAAUACCACCUACAACCUUUAUAGCAACAGCUUUCUUCAUUUUGGUCUGAAUGUUGCUCAUGACUCAUUGAGGGAAGCACUUGCAUCUGGAGAUUUUAACAUGGCUCCUCAAUCUCUUCAGAAAGGGUUGCAAAUUGAUCCUUGCACUCCCAAAGGCUAUUCUCACAAUGACGAGUCAUGGAAGCACUCUUCUGGUUCAAUGAAGGAAGAAAACCAAUAUCUUUCUAGUCUUCAAAGUAGGGGAAACUUUUCAGAGUGCAGAUCUGCUGCGUUGAUGCUAUUACAGAAAGGGAAAGAAAAAUGUUCCUAUCAGCAUUGUGACAUAGGAUCAACUUUCAUACCUAGACUUCAGGGAAACUUUCUUGCCACAGAAAAUUUCUUCUAUACAUCAAAGUUUUUUGAAUUGGGACCGAGGGCAUUUUUGUCGGAGUUGAUGACAGCGGGUCAAGAAUUUUGUGAAGCGGAUUGGUCAAAGCUUAAGAAAAAAUACCAGUCCCUCGAUGAGGAAGAUUUGCUUCGGUAUUGCUUCUCUUCAGCAUACACUGUUGCCUUGCUUCAUGACAGUCUUGGAGUUGCUUUGGAUGAUGAAAGGAUUAAAGUUGCUAAUCAGGUGGGAAGUAUUCCGCUGGAUUGGGCUCUGGGAGCUUUCAUCCUGCAAAGCACAGCUGAUUCAGAUGUACAGGACCAUAAUUGGAUUACCAAUAUCAGCUAUGGAUCACCGUCACUCCUCUCACUUAUUGCCAUUUUUGUAAUAUUCUUGUUUACAGCAUGGUCUAUAUCUAAGUGGAGAAAACCUCAGCUAAAGACAAUCUAUGAUCUUGAAAAGGGGCGGUAUAUAGUUACUCGAGUUGGCAGAUCUUGAAUACUUUAAGGGCAGGACCAGACUUAUGUUCCUGGCUUGCAUAUACGGAAGCGGUAUGUGAUGAUAAAUAUGGACUAUUUUUGCCUGGUGCCCUGCCAUACCCUGAAGUUCAUACUUGGAAAUAUUGAGAUAACUCGUCAUUGGCUUUGGAUGCAGCAACAUGUAAGGCAACUCCUGGUGGGAGUAGAGUAGCUAAUACCACGUAGUUAGUGGAAGUGAAAUCUAGCAGCUGGCUAGCUUGCCCCCUGCUGCAUCCGUUGCACAAGACAGUAGUCCAAAAAGCGGCGCAGAGAAGCCCUAUGAGAGUUGUUCAGGAGAGAUUAGAUGCUGAAUUCUUCAAUUCAGAAACACCUUGUUUAAUUUGUGAUUGCUUCGGGUCUGUGUCAAACACGACAUAAAAUGAUUGAAUUCAUUUUGCUUUUCAGUGGCCACACUCAAACAGAAAGCUUUCUUCGUUUUCUGACUCAAAAACUAGGCCUAAGAUUUGCUAAACUGACAUUUAUGUAGUGCGAGUUUU